AUGCCUGAUUCACGCGACGAUCACGGCCGGAGACGGCACCGAUCCCCCUCCGGCUCACCAGCCCCUGACCGCGAUCGACGACAGCGACGCCGUGACGACGACCGUGGCAGCGAUUCGGGACAUCGCGAAUCUCAUCGAAGCUCCCGAAGAGACAGCUCGCGACGGAGGUCAUCCCGCAGCCCGGCCGACCGACGAAGCCACAGAAGAGAUUAUGACCGUCGGCGCAGUGAGCGCGAUGUCUCAGACGAUGAGCGGAGAAGACGCCGACAUACUUCCGACCGAGAGUCUUCAUACCGUCGUCACCGUGACCGAGAUUCUUACGAAAGAAAGGAGAAGUCUUCUCGCAGACGACGUGACUACUCGCGAUCCCGCUCGCCGGACCCGGAGUCGCGCGCCCCAGUACGAUCAAAAGCGCCCCUACCUCCGCAGCAGGAUGCAUAUACCUCGUCUGAAGUAGUUCGGACUGGAGAGUCCGAAGGCCCUCCUCCCGAGAAGGAAAAGCCUAAUUUCGGUCAAACUGGGCGAUUGGCUGCAGAGAGCAAGACUGUGAAUGUCAAUGGUAACUCUGUCGUUCUCAAGUAUCACGAGCCUCCGGAAGCGCGCAAACCCCCAGCAAAGGAACCGUGGCGACUUUACGUGUUCAAAGGGCAAGACCUCCUUGAAAUGGUGGAAUUGGGCAUACGCAGUUGUUGGUUGAUUGGGAAAGAACAAUUGGUGGUGGAUUUUCCUUUAGAGCAUCCGAGUUGCUCUAAACAGCAUGCCGCGCUGCAGUUUCGCUUUGUCGAAAAGCGGAAUGAAUUCGGAGAUCGGAUCGGACGUGUCAAGCCUUACCUGAUCGAUCUGGAAAGCGCCAAUGGUACUACAGUGAACGGAGACGCGAUUCCUGCUGGCCGGUACGUGGAACUGCGGGACAAGGAUGUAAUCAAGUUUGGCCUAAGUACCCGGGAAUACGUCCUCAUGCUACCUCCGCCUGAAUAA